UGAGGAGUCCUCUCCUGGUGAAGGUGAGGCCACCUUCACAGCCACCAUGGGAGAGAAUGCGGGUGUUGAUCAGGUCAAGGAGAAUCUCCUUCAGCUGAGCUGUCACUUCACGUGGAGCUUGCUGUUUGAAGACGCUGACAUACCUGAUUUGGAAAUGAGAAUCUCGGAGGAGGUCGAGUUCCUAGACAUCAUGAGCCCAGUGAGGAUGCACAACCUCCUGGCCUACGUGAGACACCUGAAAGGCCAGCAUGAGGAAGCCCUGCAGAGCCUGAGAGAAGCAGAAGCCUUGGCCAGGAGAGAGCAGUUGGGCAAGAGAAGCGUGGUGACCUGGGGCAACUGUGCCUGGGUGCAUUACCACAUGGGCAGCUUGGCAGAAGCCCAGAGCUACCUGGACAAGGUAAAGAAUACUUGCAAGGACUUUGCAAGUCCCUUCCGCUACAGGAUGGAGUGUGCCGAGAUGCACUGUGAGGAAGGCUGGGCCUUGCUGAAGUGUGGAGGACAGAAUUAUAGACGCGCCAUGGCCUGCUUUGCAAAAGCUGUGGAAGCUGAGCCUGAAAACCCCGAAUACAACACUGGCUAUGCAAUAGCCGCCUAUCGUGAAUACUUUGAUGACAAUAAAAUGUCUCUGGGACCCCUAAGGAAGGCUGUCAUGUUAAAUCCAGCAGAUCCAUAUAUUAAAGUUUAUCUUGCCCUGAAACUUCAGGACAUAGGAGAAACACAUGAAGCAGAAAGACACAUUGAAGAAGCCCUCAGCAGCACAUCCUGUCAAACCUAUGUCUUUCGUUAUGCAGCCAAGUAUUACCGAAGAAAAGGCUGCAUAGACAAAGCUCUCCAACUCCUACACAAGGCCUUGCAGACAUCACCUAACUCUGGCUACCUACAUUACCAAAUUGGGCUCUGCUACAAGAAACAAAUGCUCCAACUAAAGACAUCCAGAAACACACUGUCCAAAAGGCAGGGCAGCAUUAAGGAAUUGGCACAACGGGCCAUUUCUAAAUUUCAGAAGACUGUGGAACUGAGGCCCACAUUUGAUGCAGCUUACGUUUGCAUGGCUGAAGUACAAGCAGGAAUUCACCAAUAUGAAGAAGCGGAAGCAAAUUUCCAGAUGGUGCUGAAUAUGCAGAAGCUUGCAGGUCACAAAAAACAAUACAUUCAUCUAUACUAUGGCCGUUAUCAGCAAUAUCAUCAAAAAUCAGAAGACAAGGCGAUUACCCACUACUUAAAAGGUCUAAAAAUAGAAGAAACAUCCUAUGUGUGGAGGCAACUACUCAUAGCUUUGGAGAAAGUGGCUGAAAGACGGGUUAAGCAGAAUGUUCAACCUGUGGAGAGCACCACCCUCCUUGGGUUAGUCCACAAGCUGAAAGGGAACAUGCCUGAGGCCCUGCUGUACUAUGAGAAGGCUCUGAGGCUCACUGGGGAGAUGAACCUUGAGUUCUGA